GAUAAAGACCAUUUUCACUGAAGUUGAGCAUGUAAAGAUACCACUUCGUCUUUACUAAAUAAUUCCAUUUCCAUUAUAUACACAAAGAAUUCUACUAAAUACUGACAACAUUUCUAUGUUGUCUAAAUGUUGUCUAGAGGAAGUAUGUAAUGCAAUACAUUUUUGAACGAGGUAAGCGGAAGCCGAGACAUGUUAAUGUUGAUCUGUGCGGACCAAUCAGAUGAUGGAUAGAAGCAAUAUGGCAUCAAAAUAAAGCGAGGUUCUACCAGAAGUUUCACAUAGUCACAGCGAUAAUUACAAUUUUUGAACCAGUAGACUUUUCGUCUGAAAACUUGCAUUGUCAGAACCUAUAUAUAGAAAGCUAUAAGAUUGCAAAGUGUCAAUAAUUUAUUGGUCUCUAAAAUUGAACUUUCCUAAGGUGGAAAUGGCUUCAAUCAGUCGUGGCCGCGGCCGUGGAUGGGCUUUAAAUGAUAAGAACUCAUUACCAAAACCAGGAGGAUCGUUAUAUGCUGAUAAUAUGAUUUAUACGAAUCUUUUUAAUCUUAUAAACCGUGUGAAUAAUAAAAACAUACAACAAGUAAUUGAAGAUAUCGCAAAACUGAUUAAUGAGAAUAAGGAAAACCUAAAGAAGAUAUUCAAUAAACUUUACUCAUAUGCAUUAGACAAUAUUGACUUUGGGAUGAAAUUGCAACUUGUAUGCGAUAAUUCUGAAAUUAUGAAUAUAUAUGAUUCCAAAGAUGCAACUUUACAUAAGUAUUUAGUGAACCAAUAUCAGGAAGAUUAUGAAAGGAGGAAAGAUUUGAAGCAAGAAAAUGAAGCUCAAUUUUAUAACCGUGUUAUCUUGUUUUCUAAAUUCUUAAGUUGUAUUAAACAUACAAUGAAGGGCUAUUAUCGUAAACUUUAUUAUGCAAUUAUAGAUUAUUUGGAAAUGAUGCUAGAAACAACUUCACCGAUUGAUGUCCAAUUUUUUACACAACAACUUAUUGUACAUGGACAAGUCCUCAGUACCAUUUGUCACAACAAACUGAAAGAUUUAAUGAUCAUUGCAAGACAAGUCUUGCUCAAGGAAGAUCUACCUCUCAGAUCUCGACAAUUUUUAAUGUAUGCAGUAGAUUUAGAGAAUAGGAAUUUUCGUCAAUUGCCUAAAAAUCUGCAGAAAUUUUAUAUGUCGCAAUUUAGUGAAAAUUUUAUAGAUAAGGAUAAAUGUAUUGUUGAUUUCCUAACAAAUAUGAAUUUAAAAGAUGGUAAUUGCAAAUGAGAAUUUUACACAAGGAAAUAUCAGCCUUGAUUUUGGAGGACAACUUUAUAGUCAUGUGAUAAAAUAUUUAUUAAAAAUAUAAAUAUGAUGAUUAA